AUGGAAGCGAAUAAACUUCCAGAACUCAGCAGCAUUGCUUUUGAUUCAAGUGAAGUUGCAGAUUUAUCAGCUCAGAAUAUCAAUACUUUUUCUUCAAUUGAAAACUUACUUCCUCGUACAGAUAUUUCGAUUAUCAAAAUCCGUUCAAAUAACGUACAGAAAUUUGAUAAGGAAUUUUUCAACAAACAUAAGCGUAUCAAGUAUUUAGACGUUUCAGAUAACGAAAUACAAGAUCUGAUGGGUAUUGAAUUGUUAGAAGAUCUUGUUUUGCUUGAUUGCUCAAAAAACUUCAUUAAACGUCUAUCAAAUCUCGAAAAGUGUGUAUCCUUAAAACGUUUGCUCAUUUCUUCCAAUGAAAUUACAAAUGUUUUUCUAAAAUCUGCCAUUCCUAAACUUGUUGUGCUUGAUUUGCAUAAGAACCAGCUUAAGAAGAUAGAUUUCGGUAAAUAUUUUCCUUUAGUUUCCGAACUUUACUGUGAUAAUUGCCAAUUAACUUCAUUAAACGGUCUUCAAGAAUUCGCAUCAUUAAAGCACUUCACGGCCAAAGGAAACAUGAUCUACGAUGUCGACAAUAUCGCUAGUAAUACUUUGGCCGAUUUAGACCUAACAGGAAACAAAGUUUCGAAACUUUCAUUUAUUUCAAAAUUUCCUAACUUAGUUUUCAUAAAUGUCUCUCAAAACCCAAUUACGGAUAAAUCGCUCGAAGGAGUGAAGCAAUGUCCUGCAAUUCGAGCAUUUCGUUGUUCUAACACAGAUAUAACAAGGAUUUCUCCUUUUCUGAUGCUAGUUCCUAACAUUGAGCUUCUUGAGCUUGAGAAAACUAAGAUAAAUGACUACAUUGAUGUUAUUACUUUUGUCAAAAAGUCAAAGAAGCUCAGAUUACUUAGUUUGAGAUUUACUCCUCUUACUAAUAGUUUGUAUACCUUUAAAGAUAACGAAAUGUCCAAAAAAUGGAACUCUUUGGAGGAAUAUCAAAAUGAAAGAGGAGUUAAUGAGGAAUUACAGAAAUAUAGACAAGGAAUUCUUGAUGCUGGUCAACUUAUUGAGAUAUUGGAUACUAUUAUUGUUACGGAUCAAGAGGUUUUAAAUGGUAAUUAUGAAUAUGAAGAAUCUCUUCAUGAGAAUGCAAGUGAUGAGUUUGAAAAUGAAGAGGAAGAUCAAAUUUAUAAGCCUUUACCUUUACAACCUAUCUCUACUAACUUUUCUGAAGUCGAAACAACAGAAUUUUCAACUCAAACUGAAAAUCAACAGCUCCAUAUCAGUAAAGUUAGUAAUUCAUAUGAAAUCCAGCUAAAACAAACCCAACUUUCGAGUCACAAUGAUGUUUUGAUGAAAAUUGAUCCGAAACCGAAAAUAAAUCUGAGUCUUUCUCAACCGGGAUCUUUCGAAGUUGCAAAACCAGAUGUAAAAUUAUCAAUUAAAGCCGAUAAUCUAGCUGAUGUCCAGCCAAAACAAAAGCCAAAAUUUGAUUUUUAUUCUCAAAGUUUGUUCGCUGUUGUUCCGAUUCCAAAGAAAGAAGAAAGAGUUGUUUGUAUCAAUAUGUCAGGUUGCAGUCCGUUAAUCUCAAUAGAACCCAAAGUUAAAAAAUUAUCCCAAAAAACUCAACAAGUUUUCUCUUCAUCCCCCCAGAAGAAGCAAUUGUCAAACAAAAAGAGUGCUAUAUUUGAGCAGAAACCAGCAAACAAACCAGUUUUAACUGUCAAAAGUAAUCAAAUUUUCGAAAUCAACAAGAAAGUCAAGCUUUCUAAGACAUCCACGCAAAUAUUCACCCAAAAUGCUAAAAGAAAAACCAACAUGCUUCGCCAUUUCGAAGUCUUAUACGAUAAGAAAAUUUCCAAACCACAAAUCAGUUUUAAUGCUGUUUCUUAUGAAAUAAAUCAACAAGAGGAUCCAAAGAUCGAUAUUAGUAAGAUUGAUAUCGAAAAAAGAGAUAGAAUUAUCCGAAAAUUAAUGCAGAAGAAUGAAGAGCUCCAGGCCAAGAUUUCUGAGCUUAGUGUCGAUAAAGGUAGUGAUUUUAAGCGCCAGAUUGAAGAAUAUGCAAGAAAAAUCAAACAUCUCAAGCAAAGUCAAGAAAAACAUUUGAUUGAGAUAGGAAUUCUCCGUGAAAGAACGAGAUCUCAGUCUAUAGAGAUAAGUAAACUCUUAGAUAAGAUCCCAUCCAACGAUACUCAAUCAAUGUCUUUAAUUGAAAAGAUGUUCAACGCUGUAGAAAGUCAAAAUCAGUUCUUGGUCAGGAAAGUAUCUGCAAUUAAGCCACAGGUUGUCGAAAAUGAGGAUAAAUCCAUUUUAAUGGUAAUUGAUAAUUUAUUGAAGCAAAAUCGAACACUUCAUAAUGAAAUCAUUAAGAGUACAUUACAACAUGACGAAUCUUCGGUCACAGAAUCCUCUGAAAUCAGUUUAUCUCCAAAGAAAACUCAUCAUAAGAAGAAAAACAUUGAUUCGCGAGUUAUCGCCCGCCAGUGGCAAUCUCAAAGCCAGUAUAGCUCAUCUGCUGCAAGCGAAAUUGAAGAAUCCGAAUCUACUUCUUAUUCAUAUCUCCCUUCAGAAUAUGUUCUAAGGAAACCUUCGAAACAUAGAUCUCAUAGAGAACAUGAUCGUAAUCCAUUUGGAUUGUCUGGAGACGCUCCUCUUUGGAGUCCAGACAGAUAUCAAAAGCGGAAAACGGAGGGGAAUCCAUCUUACUCCAUAUCUUCGUAUGUAUAG